AUUUCAUCCAUUUGUCUAUUCAUUCCAUCCAUGAUCUAUUCUCAAUCCGAGUGAAAAAAAGAAUAUUUUUUGUGAAAGCGUAGCGCAUUUUGUGACUACUGCGUUUAAUUAUAAUUUUAUUUUUGAAGAUAAUCACGAUUUAAUUAACAAAAGAUGUGCAUGAAUUCUUCAUUUUCAGGAAUAUAUAAGUGAAGACUAAAUUGGUGAUAAAAUGGUGUCGACGAGGCAAAUGAGCAGCGUUGGAGGAGGCAAUGGAGGUAGUGAUGGUGCAGGUCCCUCUCACGCGGAGCCUGUGGCGGUGUCCCGCGUCACCCGUCACUCUAGCGCCUUGAUGCCUGGAGGUUCUUCUCCACACGCCAGUACCUCCAAGUGCAGUUUACUGCCUGCCCCUAAGACUUAUACUACGAAUAUACUUGAUUUGCCAGUUGAAGUUAUUGAAAAGAUUAUUUGUUAUCUGGGCUUCAAAAGUGUUUCACAGAUCAGAAUGGUUAAUCGGCAGUUCAACUCAAUUUGCAGCAGUAUUCUGAACUCUACAUUUCAACGGUUGCAAAACCAGAUGCUGCAUAGAUUUCAAUCAAUCAAAGCAAAGAUGCCUCGCAGAGAAUCUGCCCGUAGGAGCCAUCCUUUAGCUUGUGAAUCAGAUAUCAUAGAGACCUUGCAUAUGAGACUAAGUCUUUUGCAAAUGACAUUUGGCAAGCACAUUGAACGGAAACAUUGCUGUUUCUUUCCAGGAGAGAUAUUAGACGAAGUAUACAGCAUUCUCUCAUACUUAAAAACUGCGACGAAACUGGCAAGACCCUACAAAGUGACUGAUGAACUCUUUGAUCUGACGACUAUGGCCAUGGAAUACUUCAAAGAACACAUUGAACCCAACUUGCCAGAGAUUACUUACUUUGGCACAGAUUUCUUCGAUAUUACUACAGCGUUUUCACCUGGUGAAAGUAGUAAAUCAUAUAUAUGCUUGGACUCGCCACCACCGAGUGGCUUUGAAUCAUCGUCGUCACAACAGACUGGGGCGAAUGUAUCGGACCGCCGUGUGUCCUCACUGAACAUGUAUAUGGAGGAGAGUCUCCCGCCGUCUCCGCCACCGCCGCAGAGCAACAUGGUGCUAAGAAAACGGAUACAUCGUAUUAAACAAGGAAUGAAAAAGUACAACGAUCAGCUGUCUGCGCUGCGCAGCGACCUUCGCAGCUGCAAGCGUAAAACCGCUCUUCAGCAAAAGCAAAUAGCUGAGCAACAAAAACAGAUUGCUGAACAACAGAAACAGACCUUGGAAUAUGCAAACCGCCUUGAUGAUUAUGAUAAGAAGAAUGAAGAAACAAGCCGCAAGUUUCAAACUUUGUUGCAGGUAAAAAUAUAGUAGUGGAAUUAAACAAGUGUAAAACAGAGCUACAAUACUGGCGGUCCAGGUCUCCAGCCGUUCCGCCGCUAUGCGCUGAAUGCGGUGCGUCACUGCGCUUGUCGCCGGCUUCCUCACUAGCACAGUGGGCAGCUGGUACAAGUACGGAGCCGACAGAGGCUGAAGUGACCGCAGCUGAUGCGGAAGUCGUCGCUGCCACUAGUGCAGUCCCUGAGACCGCCACAGAGCUGCCGCGCGCUGACCUCAAACUUGAACCCAAGUCUAAAGUGGAAUCUAAAUCUGAACCUAAAGCUAAGCCUGAGGUAAAAGUUGAAACAACGACGAAACUUAAACCGGAGCUUAAAGCUGAAACCAGUAGUAAAUCUAAACCAGAGCCGAAAGCGGAGAGUAGUAGUAAUAUGGAGUGCUUGGCGUCCACGCCGCCUACUCGGCGUCGCGCGUCUGCGGAUGCGGCGGGCGCCACGCCCGAGCGCAAGAAGCGCCGCCUGACGCGGCCGCGCAAACUCUGAGCCAGCCGCGCGCCGCCUCGGGCUGUACGAGCGCCCGCUCGCCGUGACUCGCGACGAGUGGAACUAUCUCGAAUCUUUGGUGAGUUGGAGUAUUCUUGUUACAUCUGCGGCCCGAUGUAGUGUCAAACAAAAAUUAAGACCCUGAUCUUCAUAUACGCAACGAGUUGCGAUAUUCUUCUUAUCCAUUUCCCGUAACAGUACCGUGGAUUAUCAAAAUAACAUUUUUCAACAACAUUCAACUUGUAAUGCAAUAUGUACCUAAGUCCAUUGAGCAUUUUUCAAUAAUGGUUAUUUUGCAUUUAGCUUCAUAGGAUCAGGAACAAGUUGUGUCGUAUUUCGGGGUCUGAUAAAGAAAUGAACUGAAUAGGCUUACCUAUUCUUUUAGGACUACUGGUUAAUGGGUAUUGUACAUGAGUAUGAUUGAUUGUAUAGGCUCAUGUUGGUGUAGAAUCCAAUAAACAGUGGAUUAGUUGGAAAGUUGUGUGUUGAUAGUGUUAGCAUUGAAUGUUAUAGUAGGAGCAGGGUCUCCGUCUAAACUCGCUUUUGACGCGGGCGCGCCUAGACCAGGAUGUUGUUGAGUAAUACUAAAACUUUAUGUACGUACGUCGAUCCGCAGCCAGUAACCAAUAAUUAAUUCUGGAGUCCAUUAUAAAAAUUGCAUUCACUCAUAGCAAGUAUAAAGUAAUAUUUUAUAGAUUUAUUGGAAUUUAGUAGUAUUUAAUUGGUUAAUAUUUCGGAAUUAUAUGGUAAUAGUUGCUAUGCACAUAAUAAUUUUAUUAUCUGACCAGAGUAUUGUUUCCAUCUUUUAUUUGUGGAGCAAAAUAAUUCUCUAAAACUUUUUUCAUGUGUAUAGUAAUGUUAUUGUUAUAUAAAUAUCAAGAACUUUGUAGUUUUUUUGAAGCUUAUUAUAAUAGUAUGAAGAUUUGCAAUUUACUGCUGAGUUGUAAAAGUAAGUGGGCCAACCAUAAACAAACUAAAAAUCUAUCUAUUAUACAAUGACACUUAACAUUUUAUAGUAAGUGACAUUCCUGGUAUUUAUAAACAACGCAUUUGAAUACAACAGCAUACUACAAAAAUAUUUCAUGGCCUACAACCCUUGUUUUUUGGUUUGUUUAUGUUGUUCCAUGGGUUCAGAUGCAUGCAGAUAAUAAUGUUCAGGGCAGUAUUCAUAUACCAAAUGGCUAAAUAGAUUUGUUUAUGAGAUAUGAUAUGUUAUAAAUUAUAAAACAUAAUGACUUAAGUACCUACUGGUCAAUGCUUACAAUAUUGGGUCUUUGAGGUGAAUUAUCAACAAAGUGUUAUUUGUAUUAAUUCAAUGAUAUUUUUAUCAGUAAAUAGUAAAUACAAGAUGCUAACACAAUUUGAGGAAUAACAUGAAUGUUAUGACAAGUGAAUAUGUAUGUGGUUAAUAUUUUCUGAUCUCAUAUAUAACAUUAACAUGGACACACAAUGUUUCAGUUCACCUCAAAGAUGCAAUGAACUUAUUCUGUUAAACUUAUUUUUGAGUGAAACAGUUACUUCUAAAUAACAGUCAGAGCAUCACAAGUAGUAGUGGAAUGCAACACUGAAACUGGUGCUGUGGUGGUUAUUCAGAGGAGUACAAAUAUUUUUAGUUUGUAGGUUUUACAGCCCUGAUUAUAUUAAUUUAGUAAAAUAGGUUUUGAAAAGGAUUGUGAAUAGAGAUGAAGGUUGAAUGUUGUGUUUAUUUGUAAAUAUUCUAAAAGUAAAAUCACAUGUGUAAUGUACAAAUGAAUAUAUUUAUGAUUGUAUAAAUAUACAACAGUGUAAAUGAAAUAUUUUUGUGACAUGGUGUAUAAGUUAGGUGACAGUAGAUGUGGCAUAAAUAUUUUCCAUACUAUUGUGUUAAGAGAUGUGCUCACGGGCUUCACACAAUUCUUGCAUCAUGUCACUUAACAAUCUACAAACAUAUCAGCCAAAUUCAUCGAGUCAUCAUCAUGCCGGUUACCCGAACCUUAAGCGCUUAGUUCACUAUGGUAUUCUGUAUCAAAUACGCACAAGUACUACAUAUAUUUAUUGACAGAAUCAUUUAUUUAAUUUGCUGUUUGUGAAUCAUUCACCUUUAAUUGCGUUUGUGGUUUAAUGCUACAUUAUUAUGUACAUAUUAUUUCUAGUGCAUAUAGUAUACAAAUACAUAUUUCCGAUGUUUUUAUACACAGAAAUCACGAGUACAAAUAUUUUUCGAAAUAAUGAUAUCAAGGCUUCGUAUGUUUCGGAAUUGCAGUUAAUUGAUUAGCAACAUUAUUUUCUUAGUUAUUAAUAGGAUACUUCGAACAAUAUAAACAAUCUCUUAAUUCUAGGUGUAUCUGUAAUCACAAUCAUAGUUUCCAGAUGUAAUAAGUCAAAUUCGCCUAUUUGGACAAUAAGCAAUGUUAGUUACCAAUUAUCACUCACAGUAGAGAUGCAUUAGUAAAUAUCUAAUUAAUACAUAUUUUGAGAUUACAUUUGUGCAACAAAUACAUGCAUAAAUUUGAAAUAGUAAAAGAAAAACUUAACUAAGUAAUAACUUAUUCUUCCCAAGCUGGAUAAGGGAAGAAAGCAAGAUAUUUGUUUUCUUCUCUUACACAGUUGCACAUGAAAUCUUCGCGUAAUAUUUCAUUUGAGAAAGAGACACUUGGGUAUCGCAUGAGCUUUUGCCUGACUGUCAGAAACAACUGGUCUUCUCCCCUAGUGAAUCAAUUUGCAGUGUUUGUAAUCUGCGAUAAUAUGGAAAGAUCUUUUGAGAGGCUAUUUCUAUUUGCAACUCUCCAUAUAUUGUAAAUUUCUUCACUUAUAAAGUCGCCAUUUUGUAUGUGUACCAAACUCCUGCACCUGUGCUGCUAAAGUAAUCACAGAACUUCUUACUUCUUGAUUAUUUCAUACAUAUGCAAAAAGUGUAAUAGGGUAGAACAUUCUUGCAUUUUUUCUCUUGAACAUUCUUUUAGGGUAGAGAUGCUUGUCGCCUACCGCAUAAGUGGUCGUAUGAUUACACUGAAGCGUAACAUUUGUCUGAAUAAUAUGCUAAUGCUUGUCCAUACAUGAUAGUUACUUUCGUGGAUACCUUUGCCAUGAUAUAUUUGUGUAUAUAGUUCAAUAUUGUACAUACUAUGUAUGCUGUGUGUAGAACUAGAUUAUUUCACAUUCUUAGAGUUGUAAGGCAAGUUAUAGAAUAAAAGAAGUACACGGAUUAUUUUAAUAUUUCUCAAUAUAUUCAAAUUGUGUUAGUGGAAGUCAGACGAAAGUGUAGACAAGGGACGUGCGUCCCUACUUGUGGCGCACCGACUGGCGCUGUAGCUGGUAUGUUACCAGUUCUGCAGUAUAAUUGUGUACUUUUUAUAAAGUAAAUAUUCAUUCAAUGGCUAUGAUGUUUCAACGACCUAAUAACAAAGUGUUAUAAAGUUUAUCAUUCUUAGAAACUCGGUACAUAAUAAUUGGACUAUUUUCCUUCAUAAUUUAUUUUAAAUGUUGAUUCUAUUAAAGGUGAAUGUUACAAAUGAGUUUAUUAUCAUUUAGCCAAUUUAUUAGAGUACACUGUGUACAUAAUAAUAUACCUAGGUUAAGUAGUUCACUUGAAAUGAUUUUCAAAGUGUAUAAAACGGCGAAGUGCGAUCUACAUUGACUUCAUCGCGUGGGACCUUCUCCCUCCCGUCAUGUUACAAAUGAUUGAAAUGUAUAAAUAAUAAUAGUGAUUACUUUAUAAUUAUAAUAAUUUCGUCUCGAUUUUAUCUUUGAAAGUGUUCCAUUAUGCUUAAGUUGAAUUUUGUAAGGAAUAUAUAUUAUAACAACUGAAUUGAAUUGAGGGACAAUCUGGAGAGAUAACAUGAUGAUUAAUGGCCGAAAUUAAUCACCGAUCUUAAUCCAAGAUCUCUGGGUCGAUUUCAUUUUCCGACUUAAUUCCAUUCAAUUAAUGUACUAAAUCGAUCGUAAUUCAUAUAUUUUGGUUUAAGAUUGGUUAUUCAUUUCUGCCGUAAUUAUAUUAUUGUGGCAAAUAAGAUGUUAUGCAUGUGUUGUAGAGCUUAAUGAAAUAAAAUUUUAGGAUGUUUAGAUGAAAACGAUUCGAAGUGAACAUAAUUGUGCCUAAAUCAGUUAAGUACUUAAUGUCCUUGUCAAAAGUUGUAAGAUAGCGUGUGUCGCUGUAAGCCACGUCUUAUGUACAAUAUAAACAUGUUUUUUAUUCACAAUCUCUAAUUUCACUCAAGAUCUAACAUUAUCCAUUAAACAAUUGCAAAGAUGUACCACCAAACUAUUUAAGGUAGUAAAAAAUGUGUUCUCGCCUGCCGUACUAAAAAUCACUACUUGCAUCGUAAGUUAAUGUUAUGUAUGAUCCAUAAACCUUACAAUAUCGAGAUAUGAUGUGUGACAUAUUAUUCAUAAUAAACAAAUAGCAUGUGCAAUGUACACGCCUGUAGUUCUGAUAAAAGUAAUGAUGUUGAUCUAAUACUUUUCCUCAUAUAUAUAAAGCAAUUUACUGCAUUUUCUGUAAAACUUCAGUCUAUUUUUCUUCAUUCAAUAGUGCAAUACUUUCAUGAAUACAUCCAUUCAAUGGUGUUAUUUUGGCAAAUAUGCAGUUUAUAUUCUUCGAAACUUUAAAAUAGAUGCGAUAGGGCUGUAAAUUAAGGUAUAAAUUAAUGUUGUUAGAGAAGUAAAUGAUGUCCUGCCAUGUGCACUAAAUGCAUUACAGGAGUUUAUGUUGUGCUCUGGCAAGUGUGUACAACCAGCAAGACUGUCAAUUGCUGUAGAUAUUCUCUUUAUGAUAGUUAUAUGAUAUAGUAUUUUUAUUAGACAAAAAUACAAUAAAUGUGUGAAG